GUGACGGAGGGCUGGGCGCCUGCGCCCCGCGCAGGCGCAGAUCCUGCGUGGCGAGUCAGCUGAUUGGCGGUUCUGUGUCUCUGGUUUAGGGUGCUCAAUUGGCCUUGUGAGCCGCGGCAGCCAUGGCCAGCCAGUCGCAAGGAAUCCAGCAGCUGCUGCAAGCCGAGAAGCGGGCCGCGGAGAAGGUGUCCGAGGCUCGCAAGCGAAAGAACCGAAGACUGAAGCAGGCCAAAGAAGAAGCUCAGGCUGAGAUUGAACAGUACCGCCUGCAGAGGGAGAAAGAGUUCAAGGCUAAGGAAGCUGCGGCCUUAGGAUCCCAUGGCAGUUGCAGCAGUGAAGUGGAGAAGGAGACCCAGGAGAAGAUGGCUGUCCUGCAGCACUACUUCCAGCAGAACAGGGAGGAGGUCCUGGACAACCUCCUGGCCUUCGUCUGCGACAUCCGGCCAGAGAUCCAUGAAAACUACCGCAUCAAUGGAUAAAAGAAAGAAGUACCCACUUCGUGGAUUGGCAUUGCAGAGGCUCUCAUGGAAUAUGAAGCUUUAGCAAAGUUGAUUUCUCCUCUUAAGAAAUGCAUUAAAUUAUUUCUUACAUUGUAUAAUAGUUCCUUUCUCCUUUGGAGAGUACCUUAUCUUGCUUCUUUGGACAAACAUGUACCUUUUCCAAAGAUUUCAUCUUUUACCUCAUAUUUCUUAGAAAUGUAAUGAGUAUAUGUUGUCUAUUUUCCUGUACCUUUUAGCUCAAGCAACAUGUAUAUCAGUAUUGACUUUUUCUUUCUUAGAUUUAGUAGGAAAAAAGAAAAAACAAUUCUUUAAAGAAAGGAGGGAAUAAAUAACUUGUUUCCCUUACACUUUCUUCAAGGUCAGGAGCUUUAUCUAUGAAAAAGUAGUAAAUAGUUAUCUGUAACUUGUGUGAAGCAGCAGCCAGCCUUAAAGUAGUAUAUUCUGAGGAAGGAUUAGAACAGUGAAUAUGAAUAUACUUCCUUGGGCUGCACUUAGGUUUUUUUAACCAAAAUUACUAGCUGAGCGGGGCGUGGUGGUGCAUGCCUGUAAUCCCAGCACUCUGGAGGCUGAGUGAGGCCAGAGGAUCACUAGUUUGAGGUCAGCCUGAGCUACACAAAAGAAAACAAAACAAUUUACUAGAUGAUAGGACUCCAGAACUUGUUACUUCUUGUUAUUUGGUGUUAUCAUUUCCAAGUAAAAGUAAAGACUUUGUCAUCCA